CGACGAACUAGCCACCUUAAAGCAUUUUAAGGUGUUACCAAACGAUAAUAUAGUGGCGGAAAUAAUGUCGUGGCCGGCCAGCCAGCAGAUUAAAAUUAGCAUCUUUUUGAUCUCAGUAAUAUUUUGCACGGCGUGCCGAUUGCUUAAUGUAUCCAUAUCUAAACAACAUACACACUACACAACAAUGAUUAUGAAGCAACGAAUCAUCCAUGUAGACGAUAUAGGAGCAACAUUGAUCGACUGUGUUGACGGCUUCGGAUCCGGACUCGAAUGUCGGUGCAUUGAUAACGCAGAGACAAGCGGCUCCGCCGUGGGCAAUAAUGUCAGUCAGGGUAUUGAGGAUCGCAUUUGCAUGGCACUGUACAGACGAGGCAAAGCUUUGCGUCGCUCACGAUCUUGUUUAAUGUUUGCAGGGAUUGGACGACUUCCUCAGUGCUAUUAG